UUUGGCUUGCAGGUUUAGCACUACUGUGUAGUACGGCAGUAUGUGAUUUUUUGGUUCGUAGGUUUCGUUAAGUUCGAUCGCCGGGUUUUUUUUUUUUUAGACAAUUGGGCAAAUGAUCACGUUUUAAAAUGUUAUUUGUGGGUAAUGUCGACAGUUUGUGAAUCAGAAAGAUAUAAAUUAGGGGGUCAUUUGGAAGAGCGCCAUUUCUCGUUUUGUUUUUGGAGAGCUAGCUAGAUUAGAAACCAGAAGACUCCUCUGAAACCUCAAUGAUUUAACGAUGGACGUUGUGUAUGUGUGCGAGUGGGAGAGGAGGACCAAGAGCAACCACUGUCCUUCAAUCCCGCUGGUGUGUGCGUGGUCCUGCAGGAACCUCAUCGCCUUCACCACUGACCUGAAGAAUGAAGAUGAAGACAGAGAUCUGAGUCAUAUGAUCCAUAUCAUUGAUGUUGAGCAUCCCUGGGAUGUCUACUCCAUCAACUCUGGUCAUACAGAAGUUAUCUCAUGCCUUGAAUGGGACCAAUCAGGAUCCAGGCUGCUUUCUGCAGAUGGGGAUGGACAGAUCAAGUGCUGGGCAAUGACCGAACACCUGGUGAACAGCUGGGAAAGUACACAAAGCAGCUCGGUCGAGGGUGACCCUAUUGUUGCCCUGUCAUGGCUGCACAACGGAGUGAAGCUUGCUUUGCAUGUAGAGAAGUCCGGUUCCACCAACUUCGGCGAGAAGUUCUCACGGGUGAAGUUCUCUCCAUCGCUUACUCUCUUCGGUGGGAAACCUAUGGAGGGCUGGUUGGCCGUGACGGUGAGUGGCCUUGUGAGCGUGUCCCUGCUGAAGCCGAACGGCACGUUACUUUCAGCCAGCGAGAGCCUGAGCCGCCUGCGUGGCCGCGUGGCCCUGGCCGACAUCGCGUUCACGGGCGGUGGCAACAUCGUGGUGGCCACGACGGACGGCAGUAGCUCCUCACCUGUGCAGUUCUAUAAGGUGUGCGUGAGCGUGGUGAGCGAGAAGUGCCGCAUCGACACAGAGCUGCUCCCUUCACUCUUCAUGCGCUGCACCACCGACCCGGUGCGCCGCAACAAGUACCCUGCUGUCACACAUCUCAAAUUUCUUACCAGGGAAAACUCAGAGCAGGUAUUACUCUGUGCAUCCAGUCAGAUGGGUAGCAUCGUAGAGUGCUGGUCUUUACGGAAAGAGGGACUGCCGGUCAAUAAUAUAUUUCAGCAUCGCUCACCCGUUGUGGGAGAAAAGCAGCCGAUGAUCCUGAAGUGGCGAAUCCUUUCUGCCACAAAUGACCUGGACCGUGUUUCUGCAGUGGCGCUGCCAAAACUGCCCAUCUCAAUUUCUAACACUGACCUUAAAGUUGCCGCCGACACAAAGUUUUGCCCAGGCCUUGGCCUGGCUUUGGCCUUCCAUGAUGGCACUAUUCAGAUAUUACACCGUCUGUCCCUCCAAACCAUGGGUGUGUUCCCCGGGACUACCGGCUCUUCUCAGCGCACAGGGGACGAGCCGACGAUUAAACGCCAGAGAACCGGAGGUCCCACUGUGCACUUCAAAGCCCUGCAGUUCUCCUGGACUUCUCUGGCUCUGGUUGGUGUGGAUAACCAUGGAAAGCUGCACAUGAUACGGGUAUCGCCCUCCAUGGGCCAGAUGUUGGACAUGAACAUUCUGCUGCGCCAUCUCCUGUUCCUGCUGGAGUACUGUAUGGUGACAGGCUACGAUUGGUGGGACGUGCUGCUGCAUGUGCAACACAGCAUGGUGCAUAACCUGGUAGAGAAACUCCAUGAAGAGUACAUGAGACAGAAUCAGGCAUUACAGCAGGUGCUGUCUACACGAAUCGUAGCUGUAAAGGCCUCUCUGUGCAAGCUGUCUUUAGCCACAGCAGCUCGGGCGUGUGACUUCUACGCCAAGCUGCUCCUCAUCGCCAUCAGCUCCACGCUUAAAUCUCUGUUGAGGCCUCACGUUCUCAACACACCAGACAAGAGCCCCGGAGACCGGCUGGCAGAGAUCUGCACCAAGAACACAGACACUGAUAUUGACAAGGUGAUGAUCAACCUGAAGACAGAGGAGUUCGUUCUGGAUGGGCCUCCACUCCAGUCCCUGCAACAACUCAUUCAGUGGGUGGGGGACUUUGUGCUGUAUCUGCUGGCCAACCUGCCCAACCAGGGCUCCACGGUACGUCCCGGCUUCGGUUUCCUGCGUGACGGACAUUCCCUGGGCAUGCUGAGGGAGAUGAUGGUGAUGAUCCGCAUCUGGGGCCUGCUGAAGCCCGGCUGCUUGCCCAUCUACACAGCCACCUCCGACAACCAGGACAGCAUGUCUCUGCUCUUCCGCCUCCUCACUAAGCUCUGGCUCUGCUCGCGAGACGAAAGUCACCCUCAGGAGCCAGACGAGACGCUGCUGGACGAGUGCUGUUUGCUGCCCAGCCAGCUGCUUGUGCCCAGCAUGGACUGGCUUCCCAUCAACGAUGGCGUCAUUACCAAGAUCCAGAGCAAGCACCAUUUACGGCUGCAGUUUGGAAAGCCCUGUACGUUGCCCGGACUUAAUCCCAACUCCCAGAUGGAGAUUUUCUCCAGGAGUCCAGCAUCUCAGAGGAUGGACAACCUCCGGUGCUUACACAUGGGCAUCUCUCCCACAGAGGACAGCAAAGCCUGUACCAGAUGCGGCUGUGUUACGAUGCUGCGCUCCCCAAACAAGACCAACGCUAUGAAGCAGUGGGAACAGCGAUGGAUAAAGAACUGUCUGUGUGGAGGCCUCUGGAGGAAGAUACCUAACUCUCUCACAUGAGUUUAUUUUCAGGCUGGCAAGAAGUUCCUCUGACAGGUUUUCCAAUAAAAAUCUGACAAUGGAGGUUUAUAUGGUUCUUGGUCUGGUCCUAAAUGCCAUGACUCACCAUCUUAGGAGGGUCCUGUUUCUGUCAGGAAUCUCAUUAAUGUGUUAGAUUGUCAGCAUUGCCAUCAGGGUCCAAAUGGAAAAAGAUAAUAACAGACACUUGUGUUACUGGAUUCAGAAAAGGACUAUUUUUUAUACACAAGUGAAACAAUAUAUUUAAAUUUCAGUAAAAGAAUUGUCUAAUACAUGCAGUUAUGGAUGAUUUUUUGACUAGUUGUAAAUAUUAAGAAACCUGUCUAGGUUAUGUUUUUUAUAACUUUCUUACAAUAAACUCCAGGGCAGAUGUGAUGAUAA